UCUCACCGGUGAAAGACUUCAAUUCUCACCUCCUUCAUCUCUCUUACCACACAACUCUCUCUCUUUCUUCUUGCACUUAUCUCCUUGUUUAUUUAAUUUUAUGGACAAAGGAUGGGGUCUCACUCUUGAUUCAUCUUCCUCUCAAUCCCUCCCUCUCUUUCCAUCCAAACCUUCUGCAUCUCUCAUCAACACCAUGUUCCCCAUUCACGGAUUCCCUGUCAAUCUUACCCGCAACACCAACGAUGAACAACACACCGCUGAUGACAGCCGGAAAGUUGUCGGCGAAGUCGAUUUCUUCUCUGAUAGAAACAACUCAUCGCCUCCUCCUGGCUAUCUCGACCAUCAUCAACAUGCUAAAUCUAAUAUAUCUGUUAAGAAGGAGAUUCUCCCCGAAGAAAAACCUCCCAACGUUAAUACUGGUUUGCAACUCCUAAUUACUGGGAACACUGGGAGCGAUCAAUCAACUGUGGAUGAUGGUGUUUCAUCAGAUGUUGAAGAUAAGAGAGCCAAGACCACUGAGCUUGCACAGUUACAAUCGGAGCUUCAACGCAUGAAUUCAGAGAAUAAGAAACUCAAAGAGAUGCUCACCCAUGUCAGCGGUAACUACACCGCUUUGCAGAUGCAUCUCACUGCAUUAAUGCAAAAGAACCACCGCACAGAAAAUGAGGUUGUUGAGGGAAAAUCUGAGGGGAAAAACCAUGUUGCUGGUGGAGGAAUGGUACCGAGACAGUUCAUGGACAUAGUAGGACCUAGUGGUACUACAGCUGAAGUAGAAGAUCAAGUAUCUAAUUCUUCUUCUGAUGAACGGACACGAUCGGGUACACCUCAUAACAAUCAUGUUGAAGCUGGAACAAGAGAUUACGUGAGAAACAGUAAUGGUAAAAAUGAAUUGGGCAGGGAAGAGAGCACAGAUUCAGAGUCACAAGGGUGGAACGCCAACAACAAAGUUCAGAAACUGAACCCCUCUAAUGCAGCUGUGGAUCAGUCCACUGCUGAAGCCACCAUGAGAAAAGCUCGCGUCUCAGUUCGUGCUCGAUCAGAAGCUUCCAUGAUCAGUGAUGGAUGCCAAUGGCGAAAGUAUGGACAAAAAAUGGCAAAAGGAAAUCCAUGUCCUCGAGCAUAUUACAGAUGCACCAUGGCAGUUGGUUGUCCAGUUCGCAAACAAGUUCAACGAAGUGCUGAGGACAGAACAAUUUUGGUGACAACAUAUGAAGGCACACACAACCAUCCACUGCCACCUGCUGCGGUGGCUAUGGCUUCAACCACCGCUGCUGCAGCCAGCAUGUUGCUGUCUGGGUCAAUGACAAGUGGAGAUGGGAUAAUGAACCCCAAUUUGCUAGCUAGAGCUAUUCUUCCUUGCUCUUCUACGAGCAUGGCAACACUUUCAGCUUCAGCACCAUUCCCUACCGUGACACUUGACCUCACACACAACCCGAACCCUUUGCAAUUCUCAAGACCGCAACAUUCUGCACCGUUCCAAAUACCCCAGAAUUUCAUGUCCGGACCAGCCUCAUUUGCACAAGCUGCACCGCUUUAUAAUCAGUCCAAAUUCUCAGGUCUUCAAUUGUCAUCCCAGCAGGAAGUGGGUUCUUCACACCAAUUGGCUUCUCAACAGCCACCACAACAACAGCCUUCACUAGCUGAUACUGUUAGCGCCGCCACCGCAGCCAUCACCGCCGACCCCAACUUCACCGCAGUACUUGCUGCCGCCAUCUCCUCCAUCAUCGGUGGUUCUCAUGCAAACAACAAUGGCAGUCACAACAAUAACAACAACAACAACAAGAGUACAAUGAGCAAUUUUUCAGGAAACUAGGCCUUUCUCUUUCUUUUUUGUUAAUUAUUAUAUAUUACUUAUUCCUUCUUUUCCUGUUUUUUGUACAUGGGUAAGGCCAAGCCAUAAAUGUUGUUAAUUUUUUAGUCCAUGUCUUGGGAGGGAAUAGAUAUCAGAAAUGCCUUCAUUUUUUUCUUUAUAUCAUUUCAAUUUGAAUAAUGUUGUAUAUUAGUUUCAAAAUAGUUAAAUAGACAAAACAAAACAAAAAUCUCUUUUAUCA